CACAAAAGUUCUGCGGCAGAACCACUGAACCAGAACGGCUGAAGCAGAACCCUACGGCAUCUUCUUCUCCUCUGUUCCUCAAUCUCGCAAACUCACUCUCAUCUCAGGUCUUCGUCUCACCGUCUCAGUCAUCAGACUCCUCGUUCUCGAGAAUCUCUUCGGCCUCUUCGUGAUCGACUGGUAUUGAAUCUCGAUCUCUUCGACUGCUCGUUAUGUCUCAGCUUCUCCAACUGGUCGGGAUUUCUCAGCAUUUCCGACUGCUCGUGACUUCCAACUCGUGAUAUCUUCAUUAACAGAUCACAAGAACGGUCCAGAUUCUUUCGACAUCACGCAUGUGGUUGGCGCUCAAACCGUAGAGGAUCUGAAACUCGAAGUUCCCGUCUUCCGUUUACAGAAGCCUGGCCGUGACUGCAAGGUGCUCUCAAAACCUCCACUCAACUCAAAGAGCUACUUUCAAAUUUAAGCGAAUCGAACUGAAAUUUCUGCGGGCAGCGCCGUGAACGAUGCCGCGAACCACCACCAUUGACUGCCCUGGUUGCCCUCCGUUUCGGGCUCUAACUUUCGACGCACUUGGGCUCAUUAAAGUUGUUGAAGCCCGUGAUAGGCAAGCUGGAGUUCCACGGGUCGUUGAUAGAUGGGGUGAACCAGACUCCUCCAAUUGCGUCUCAGCCGUAUCUACCACUCACCACAAGGCUGACCCGUUAUUAGCUGUAGCAAGGAGAAAUGGUCGGGUUGAGGUUCUGAACCCUGUAAAUGGAGAUCUUCAGGCUGCAAUGUUAAAUUCAAAUGUUACAGAUAUCCGGUCUGAAGAAAAUGCUAUUGUUGGAUUGCAUUUAUUUGCAAAGCAAAACCUGGAGUUAGCUUCCAGGUCUUGUACUUUGCUUGCCUGCACGGCCAAGGGAAAUGCAAGUGUAAAGUCCAUUAAUGUGGCCAGUUCAUCUUCAGAAUCUGCUUGUGUUAGUUCUUCAGCAUGGAAUGUAUGUGCUGGCGGUAACAUCUCAUGUUGCAAGGUGGAUGGAAGUGAGAAGUAUGCUUUGUUUGGAGGGAAAGGCAUUGAAGUUAAUCUUUGGGAUCUCAACAGCUCCAGUAAGAUAUGGAAUGCCAAACCUCCUCCUAAGAACAGCCUCGGUAUUUUCACCCCUACCUGGUUUACAUGUGCUACAUUUCUAAGCAGAGAUAAUCACCGUAAAUUUGUUGCUGGAACCAACAGCCAUCAGGUUCGUUUAUAUGACAUCUCUGCUCAGCGAAGGCCUGUUAUGUCAUUUGAUUUUCGUGAGACACCAAUUAAAGCAGUGGCUGAGGAUAUAGAUGGUUAUUCAGUCUUUAUAGGGAAUGGGUCUGGUGACCUUGCUUCUGUUGAUAUACGUACAGGAAAGUUGCUAGGAUGUUUUAUUGGCAAAUGCUCUGGAAGCAUCAGAUCCAUUGUUCGGCACCCUGAGCUACCUAUUAUAGCUUCAUGUGGACUGGAUGCUUAUCUUCGUAUUUGGGAUACAAAGACCAGGCAGCUCCUUUCUGCGGUCUUCCUGAAGCAACAUCUUAUGCAUGCUGUUUUUGACUAUAACUUCAUCAGUGAAGAAAACCAACUCACAAACGAAGAGCAAACUAAUGAUGUCAUGCGUGGUGAACAAUUCGAUGCAUUACUUCUGAAAAGAAAGAAUUCUGAAAGCAAGGAAACCAUUGCAGACACAAAAGAUAGAAAAAAGAAGAAAUCUAAGAAGAUCAAAGAUCACAAGAAAUCAAAAGAAGAUAGUCAAAGCGACACGAGAUGAAGCAAGUCAAAUGCAAGAAAAAAAAAAGCUAGUCAGAAUUGGAAAUUCCUGGUGAAGGGUUGUGAUUAAGAUGUAUUAACCUCUGCAUGAUGGCACGUGGAAAUCUGAAAACAAGAUCAAAGUAGAGUUGGUCAUUCUGAAAUCGGACCAGCUUGAAGAUGAAUUUUGAAAAGAAACCAUCCAGUUGAUGAUGUAGUUCAAUUUUGUGAAUUGCUUGUGUACAAGUAAUUAUGUUUUUAUUUAUUUUUCAUAGGGUAGGUAAAAUCAUAUCUCCUGAAGUAUUUCUGACCAAGUAUUCAGAGGGGCACAUUUUUGUUGGACUCACGAGUAGAGAUGUGGUUUAUUAUUCGCUUC